GUCUAAAAAUCACUUUGAUUACUUGUGGUAUCCGUUAACCAACGUUACCCACCUCUGUUAGUGCCGUUACUCUAACACCAUUCCACUCAAAAAGACAAUAGCAAUGGAAUUAAAUCACUUUCCUUUGAGAAAAUAAAAGCUUCCCUUUACCCGGUACACCUCUGUUCGAGAUUGUGAUCCACUCCAUCAAUAUCAACCCGUGAAACCCUCAGCAUCAAGAGAAGAUAGCAGUCCGAUCAAAACCCAUGUGAAGGACAUUGAUGAUUUUCUCUCUUGAUUUAAACAACAGUAAUUUCAGUGAAGGUUUCUUGAUGGUUAUGUGUUAGUGGGUGGCGCCUCCGGCACCAUUCCGAUGGCUCCUUGCCUUCCGUUUGCCAAGAUUUUUGGUGUACAUGGGAGGUGGGUUUGUGAAUGGAGGUCGCUGCUGAGUGAAAGGGAUGGAUAAGAUGGAGAUAAAUAAUGUUUUGAUGUGGCAUUUUUUUGACCUUCAGAUGUUUUAUGUGCCACAUGUCUUUCAUCCGGGUAAAAACUGGAGAAAAUUGAAGAAUUUUGAACGGGAGGGGAGCUGGACCCUUGUUUGGUAAGUAAAAAGCCCCUUUUGGAUUCUUUUCAUUCUUCAAAGAGUUGUUGAAAACACAAAGGCAAAGGUUGAUCUUUGAAUUGGAAAAAAAGUGGAUCUAGAAUUCUGCUCAGACGUUCACCAUCAUCACUUUUUCACCUCCAGAGGUAGAAGAGAUGUGCGGAUCGGAUACAGGAGGGUAUUAAGCAGCUUUAAGCCACGGAUUUUAGGGAGGAAAGGAAAAUCUCAUUCUGGUGCUGAAUGGUUUGAGUUGUGAUUUUGUAAGAGAGGUGCAGCAGCUAUCUAAAUUUUUUAUACCCAUCUUGCUUACUGCAAUUGCCAAAGUCCUUCACCAUGGGAAGAAAAAGCAAAUCCCAUUCCGACCCAACAACCAGCAUGGCCAAGAAGAAGGCCAAAGCAGAAAAAGCAGAUGAAAAAGUCGGCGGCACUGACAUUAUCUCACAGCUUCACCCAAAUAUUGUUAUAGACAUUCUGUCACGACUGCCCUUUAAUACCCUGUUCAGCUGUAGGUGCGUUUGCAAGACAUGGCUACAUCUUCUGGUUGACCCCAGUUUUGCUCAAUUGUAUCGCGCAAGAGCAAACCCCUGCAUCAUCCUCCAACCCAGAAACAAAAACCGUCAACAGCAUCUCUACGCAGUUCAUUUUGACAAUAGAAAUUAUGUGCGUAACUCUAGAGUAAAGUUUGCCACUGAAACCCAUUUAGGUAUGGGAUGUAAUGUGAAACUUAGACUGUUGGAUUCAUGCAAUGGGUUGAUUUUGCUAGGCGAGAUGUAUCGGUAUCAACGUCAAAACCUUGUGAAAUUGGAUCAAUUAUAUGUUUGUAAUCCUAUAACGGGUGAGUUCGUCAUAGUUAGGCCUGGUUUCAACCUAACAUCUUCUGCCAUGUGUCCUUGCCUUGGCUUUUGUCCCAAAUCUCAAGUAUACAAGGUGGUUCUCUUGUCCAAAAAGAAGCUUGUAGCUGAAGUUAAUAACAACAUGGUGACUCUUGUGUACACACUUGGAGAGAAGGGUAAUGGUCUUUGGAAGAGUGUUAAUGUUGGAGAUGGUUUGCUCGAUCAGCCAAAAAAUACUACUUUUCUCAAUGGAAUUAUUCAUUGGGUUGUGAGAUCCCAUACUGUACCUCAGUUUAUAUAUUCCUUUGAUGUGGAGGAUGAGUGUUUUCGACUGGUUCCACCACCUCCUGAGUUUGUGUCACCUGAUCGAACUACAUGGUCAAAGUGGGGGAUCAAUCUUGGGGUGUUGGAAGGUCGUCUUGCCAUUGUUGAACGUGCUAAAGGUGAUUUUUGGUGCUUUCACAUAUGGGUAAUGAAGGACUAUGGUGUUCAAGCAUCUUGGACUAAGACAUACACUAUGGACUUCAUGAUGGGAAAAGUAAAACUAAAGCAUUAUUCUUCCAUUUCACAAAUCCUAGGGUUGUGUCGCAAUGGUGACAUUUUAUUCACACAUCAUCGCAGGAAUUUGGUUUCUUUCAAUCCAGUGAACCCAAGUUUCAAGAUUCAUAAGAUUGACAAACUGUGUAACUUUCUGAUGCAUCCUUAUAUUCCCAACCUUUCUUCACUUAGGGAUAUAGCAAGAGGAGAACCGCUGUUCAAUGCCACAUUGAGGUAGAAUCUACGAGGAUUAUCAACUUCUGAUUGCCACAUCAAUUUGCGAGAUCUUCAUAAAUAUUUGCAUCACUUUUGGAGUAACACAUUUUGUUACAGUAUAUGGAUGGAUACUCUCCAACACAGUAUAUGACCACUGUGUUGGCAUGAACUCAAUGCUAAAUUAUGCUAAUUUGGAUUAAAUAUUACAUCUAUAUGGUUUCUUAUGCUGUAAUCAUUUUCAGUAACUCUUGACUUUCUUAUGCAAAUGAAAAUAGCAUUCAAAUCCAUAUUAUUUAUGAGA